CUCGCGCGCCGGCCGGGGAACCGGGGAAGCCUCGCGGCCCUGGGACUGUGGCAACGAGACCCCGCCCCGCGUGGCCGGCCCGCGCCUAUCGCGGCCGCUGGCUUGGUCACGCGGAGAGGGGCUGCGGGCUUGGGGCCAGCGCCCGGCGGCUGCCGGAGUCGCGGCGGGACGGAGACGGGGCCGGGGAGGGGGUGGAGGGUGGAGGGUAGAAAUAGGGGCGGGCGGGCGGCCCGCGGCCAGUCUCGGAGCCGCGCAGAGCCGACCUGAGCCAAGCCGAGGGCGCCGAGCGAGGCGGCCGACCGCUGAGCACCCAUGCUGCUGACGCUGGCCUGGGGCUCACUAUUCUUCCCUGGGCUCUUCGCGCUCUGCACCUGGGGGCUGCGCCGUGCGCGGCCCGAAUGGACCGACACCGACCGCGUGACGAUCAGCACCAGGCUGGUUUCUUCAGUGCAGGCUGUGUUGGCCACCGGGUCAGGGAUCGUCAUCAUCCGCUCCUGUAAAGACGUGAUCACCGACAGGCACUGGCUUGCCCGAGAAUAUGUCUGGCUUUUGAUUCCAUACAUGAUCUAUGACUCCUAUGCCAUGUACCUCUGUGAAUGGUACCGAACCCAAGACCAGAACCACAGACACUCCCUCACCAUUUUUCGAAACUUCCUGAGAAAAAAUCGCCUCAUGAUCACACACCACGCAGUCAUUCUGUUUGUCCUUGUGCCAGUUGCACAGAGGCUUAGAGAAGACCUUGGGGACUUUUUCGUCGGCUGCAUCUUCAUGGCGGAACUGAGCACUCCAUUUGUGUCACUGGGCAGAGUUCUGAUUCAGCUAAGACAGCAGCACACCCUUUUGUACAAGGUGAACGGAAUCCUCACGCUGACCACCUUCUUUGCCUGUCGGAUCCUUCUUUUCCCCUUCAUGUACUGGUCCUAUGGCCGACAGCAAGGACUACACCUGCUCCGAGUGCCAUUCAAUAUCCCUUUCUACUGCAAUGUGGCCAAUGCCUUCCUCAUCGCUCCCCAGAUCUACUGGUUCUCUCUGCUGUGCAAGAAGGCAGCCCGGCUCUUUGACACUCCCCGAGCCAAAAAGGAUGGUUAAGGGCUCCCAGGAGGCAGGCGGUGUGGGUGCCUCCUCCACUCAGUAUUCUGUGGACCAAAUUGUGCCCUGGGUGGCUUCAGCCUACUGGGUAUUGAUAAGCAGAUAGAUGAGUUUGAGUUUUUCUAAAGAAUAUUCAUAUUACCUCCCUCUUCUAACCUACCCCUUUUGCAGAAGCACUUUUUUCUUAGUAACAACUAUUGGAUCCUGUCAGACCUCCAUUGGCAAAAAGGUAGUUUCAAUGCAAGCCCAAGGGUCCUUCCUGAGGUCUUAUCUGAAGGGCUCUGGGAGGUAGAGGUAUGAGGUGUGGAGGUAGGUGGACCAGAUGGUGUCUGGGCCCCCAUCUUUCCAGCCACUCAGGGCAGUAUCCACACAUACUAGGCCAGUAGAAGCAAAUGAUAACUUGUUUCUUGAAAUGAUUUCUUGUGACGGUGGCCCAGGAGAAUUGCUGUGUGUUGGUAGUUUUGUUGUUUACUAGAUCAGCCAUUGGUCCUUUGCCUCAUCCUUUCAUCCAUGUGCCAACAUUGAAUUCUCAUGUCUACUGACUUCCGAUCAGAAGUCUCAUGGGCGCAGGGGGUGGCAGGAGGCAGGGAUGGGAACCUGAAGCACUUGAGUAGGGAAGGAGGCCAGUAGGCUAGCACCUUUGCAGGCUGACAUGGUAAGACCAGUGUCAAACUUGUGAGCUGGUUGUAAACAAGCUAUUCCCUUUGAAGCAUAUCCCCUCAAGCCCAGCUGCCCCCAUACCCUCGCACACAGGAUGCUCGUUAAAAACCACAGGGCCAAGUGAAAAAAUGGCUACCAUGCUAUUUACUGAGUAACCCUGUUUGACACUGUCCUUUUCAUGUGAAGUGGAAAUGGACUUCUGUAUUCCACACCGUAAAAAUGUCUCAUCUAGACUGCCUCCUGACAAGCCAGAGCUUGUGUUCCAAAGCCUGCUCCUAUGUGAGUGUACUGUCAUUUAGCCACAGAAGGCUGGAGAGCGAACGUGCAAGACAGCCCUGGCCAAACUAUGUCCUGUGGACUGAGUCUUUUAUCUACCACUUGCAAAUAUGAUCCUCUGGUGCCAACACUAAUUGUUUCUUACCAACUAAGUUGGGUUUUAGAAACUGUGCUACCAUGAAUUUUUUUCACAUGGUAGAGAAAAACUAGUUUUUAAAAGUGCCUUUUAAUUCAUUGUCCAUGAACUUAUGAAGUAUUGAGUAUGUGUCUCAAAUUUGACUAUUUCAGUCUUUAAUGGGUGCCGUUUAAAAACCAUAAAAUGCUGUUAAUUUUUUUACUGUUUUGUUUACUAUCAGUGUGUCUUUAUAAUAUAAUCACCCCUGUGGUGAUUAAAUUGCACUAAUA